CUGUAUAUAUAGCGAUAUUUAUAAACAAAACAAAUAAAGAAGACUUUCUUAAAAUAUUAUAUGAUUUCAAAGCGAAUAAGAUAAUUAUUAUCAUGGACAUUACUCCUAGACUAAUCGUUUACAGUUUUGUUUUGGAGUCAUUUACUCUAUUAUUAUGUCAUGGCCAGCUCGAAAACAUGGGCAUGCUAGCCUUAAUGGGCGGAGGUGGUAUGGGUGGUAUGACUGGUGGGAUGAGUGCUGGUCUGGGUAUGGGGAUAGGUGGAAUGUCAUCGAUGGAAUAUGCGACACUUGACAACGCUGUCAAAGCUAUUGUAGGUCCGCAUGCCAGUCCAGAUAUGGCUCUUAUAAAUUACGCAACGCAGCAAGGAGGUUCGCCAAGAGGUUUCAUGCAGAUGAUGGGAUAUAUCCCGUUCCUCCAGAAUAUUGCCCGUACAGUUGGAAUUCGGCCCGUACCAGGUGAUACCCAAAAUAAUAAUGUGGCACAGAAUAGCGAUUCCAUUAUUAUGCAGAGGUCGGUAAGAUGGAUGCGAAAUAAUGGACUCCUUUUCUCGGCAGGUGGCGCUAUGUUUUAAAUUAAAUAUAACAGGAGAACGUGCAUUGCGUUUCUUACUUUUCCUUUAGAUGUAUAAGUAUUCUAUAACAACUUGAAUAAAAAGAAUAAAGUUCACCUUCCGU